UGAGGAAAAAAUUAAAAGGCUAAAAAUAAAAAUCACUGGCACAGCUUCUAGGCAACAGAUCUGUUUACCUGACUCAGGAGACUCAGGUCACAGAGGUCAGGUGCUGGUCAUACUACCCACAGCCUAAGUCCUUAUGGCUGGUGGGUGACUUGAGGCAAGUUGUUUGACCUCUCCAGGCCUCACAUCCCUCAUCCGGAAAAUGGAGACAUCAGUAGCUACUUCAUAGGGCUGUUGGGGCCCGGUGCACUUUUGGGUGUGUAAUUCGUAUCACCUGGGAGUGCAAGUGACACAAUUGUCAUAAAUUGCAGCUAAAUUAGAGGGGGGUUUGGCAGUGGCAUAGCAAACACUAUUUAAAAGGCUAUAAAAUUUCCCUCCUGGAAGUUAAGGAACUAUGUCAACAGGAGCCCAUGUUAAUUUUCAGCUGUCUAUGACAUCAUUUCUUACAUUAGGAAGAAAGAGGAAAUGGGAAGGAGUUGGAAAUGAAGUUACAUGGAAAGAGCAGAAACAACUAUGGAGAAUAUUUAACCAUAUAUUCCUAACGCUGAUUCUGCAUUGGUUGGCUGUGGCCUGGAUGUUACCGUUAUCCUGUGUUGACCAGUUACUUUAUUUCAGAUUCUGCACCGACCACAUUACCUAUAUUGUCAUUCGUAGCCUUCCCAACAGUCCUAUGAAGAACACAAUAUUACAACUCGUGAUACCGUGGCUUACAUGAAGAAAUAGGUAUUUGGUCUUCAUCCCCAUUUCUUGUGAAUUUCCUCAGUGCUGAGAGCAGGCCCAGACUUAGAUAAAAAAAAGCAUGUAGAGCUGAAGAUGGAUCAGGCUUUGCUGCUCAUCCACAAUGAACUGCGCGGAACAAACCUGACUGUGUUCUGGAAUUCCGAACGCUGUUACCACUGCUUGUUUCAGGUUCUGGUCAAUGUUUCCUGGAGUGGGAAACCCGGGAAGCCUAGCAUUGCCGCGGUGGCGGUGAGCACCCAGCACGGAUCUCUCCUGCAGCUUAAUGGCACCUUGGAAGAGAAAGAAGUUUGUAGGCUGGAAUAUAAAUUUGGAGAAUUUGGAAAUUAUUCACUCAUGGUAAAGCACGCCCAUAAUGGAGUUGGUGAAAUUGCUUGUGACAUAGUUGUCAACAAGAAGCCAGUCGACAGUAACCUUCCUGUGUGUAUCGCGUUCCUUAUUGGUGUGGCACUCAUCAUUGCAGUAUCCUUUCUGAGGUUUUUGUUGAGUUUAGACGACUUUCAUAAUUGGAUUUCUAAAGCAAUAAAUUCCCGGGAAACUGAUCGCCUCAUCAAUUCUGAGCUGGGGUCUCCAAGCAGGGCAGCCUCCAUCGGUGGCGAUGCUCAACCGGAAGCAUGGCGUCCGCCCGCCGCAACACCACGCCUCCGCUGUGUAGACACAUUCAGGGGGAUAGCUCUCAUCCUCAUGGUCUUCGUCAAUUAUGGAGGAGGAAAAUACUGGUACUUCAAACACUCAAGUUGGAAUGGACUGACGGUGGCUGACCUCGUAUUCCCAUGGUUUGUAUUUAUUAUGGGAUCUUCAGUUUUUCUAUCAAUGACUUCGAUACUGCAGCGAGGAUGUUCAAAAUUCAGAUUGCUAGGGAAAAUUGCAUGGAGGAGUUUCCUGUUAAUCUGUAUAGGAGUGGUCAUUGUGAACCCCAAUUAUUGCCUUGGUCCAUUGUCUUGGGAUAAGGUACGAAUUCCUGGUGUGCUCCAGAGGCUGGGGGUGACCUACUUUGUAGUUGCUGUGUUAGAGCUCAUCUUUGCUAAACCUGUGCCUGAAAGUUGUGCCUUGGAGAGAAGCUGCUUUUCCCUUCGAGACAUCAUCUUCAGCUGGCCCCAGUGGCUCUUCAUUCUAAUGCUGGAAAGCAUUUGGCUGGCUUUGACAUUCUUCUUGCCUGUUCCUGGAUGUCCUACUGGUUAUCUCGGCCCUGGUGGUAUUGGAGAUUUGGGGAAGUAUCCAAAUUGCACUGGAGGAGCUGCUGGCUACAUUGACCGCCUGCUUUUGGGACAUGACCACAUUUACCAGCAUCCUUCUUCCGCCGUGCUUUAUCAUACCCAGGUGGCCUACGAUCCAGAGGGAAUUUUAGGGAGCAUCAACUCCAUUGUGAUGGCAUUUUUAGGCGUUCAGGCAGGAAAAAUACUCUUGUAUUACAAGGAUCAGACCAAAGACAUUCUGAUCAGAUUUACUGCCUGGUCUUGUUUUCUAGGGCUUAUUUCUAUUGCUUUGACGAAAUUUUCUGAAAAUGAAGGCUUUAUUCCAAUAAACAAAAAUCUGUGGUCCGUUUCAUAUGUCACCACACUGAGCUCCUUUGCCUUCUUCAUCCUGCUUAUCCUGUACCCCAUUGUGGAUGUGAAGGGACUGUGGACAGGAACCCCGUUCUUCUACCCAGGAAUGAACUCUAUUCUGGUGUACGUUGGCCAUGAGGUGUUUGAGAACUACUUCCCCUUUCAGUGGAAGCUACAGGAUAAUCAGUCACACAAAGAGCACCUAACUCAGAACAUAGUCGCCACUGCAGUUUGGGUGCUCAUUGCCUACAUUCUUUAUAAAAAGAAGGUUUUUUGGAAAAUCUGACAGCUCCAGCUGAAAUGCAUUGCUAGCAGACUCUAGUGGGCCUGCGGGAGUGUUGAAGCAGCCUUUAUUAAAGGGAACCAUGAAUUAUAGAAUCAGUAGGAUGUGUAUUUCCCAGUGAUUGGGGAAGGUGCUCAUGUGCUCUGGCUGGUUUACUAUGAUGCGGCUGUUUAUCAGAACUCUGUAUAUUUGAGACUUAUAUGUUUGGAAUAUAAUCGUCUUUUUUCUCCAUCUUCUAUGUAAAUGGACGAAUUUAGAAUUUCAUUUUAAGGAUUUGUCAUUUAACUCUUCAAAAGGAAAUUGCCAUGGGCAUUUUGUGUCUGUGACAGAUAAAACAAUCUAAAGUCUAAUUUUUAUUAUCUUGUUUUCCUGUAGACUGCCUUUCCAGGUACACACAUGCCAGCCAAGAAUACCUUCAUUUCUACUGUGGCUGACUAGAAGUCUUAUCGAAUGGGAUGGGUAGUGAUGUGGCCUGAUAUUUUUUGUGGUUAAGUGCAGUUUAGUAUUUUAAGAAAGUCAGUAAUUUCCUUUUCAGAUUUGCAAGGCAUUGGUGGGUCCAAAAAAUGCCUUUCUGUCUUAAGAGAUUCUCUCCUUUUCCCUACUUGGAAAAGGAUGUUAAAAUAUAGAUGUGUUAUUCCAGCCACUCUUGCUUAUAGUUAUAAUACUUACAUACGUAUUUGGCUGUCUGUCUGCCUACUUGUCUGUCUCUCACUGUGUGUCUAGAUGGUGGCUGGCACCCAGGGUCUAGUGUGGCAGAGAAAAGCACACUGCCUUGCUUGUGGCGCCAGCUUUGCCAUCCUUGCCGUGUGAGAUGCCAGCAAGUCCCAUGGCCUCUCUGGGCGCGUGUUCCCUCAUCUGUGAAAUGAGGGAGACAGGGAUGACCUCUCUGGUUCCUUCCAGCUCUUAGGCUCACUGAGGUGGGAUACAUCAGUAGCUUUUCUGAAAUCCUUAGGAAAAUAAUUUUAUUACAGAGAACUCUUCAAAAUAAGUGAUAAUGAAAAGUUAAACAAACAAAGCAAGACUCUCAUUGGAGUAAAUCUUUUCAGAACGACCCUCCACAGUGGAGGCACUUUCCUGUGUGGAAUCACGAAACUGAAGAAAUAGUGUUUCAGGAGUGAAGACAGGAGACAUUUUGAAAACAGCACUUUUCUAUGAUGCAUCAUCAUGCUUAACGACUUUUCUGUGAGAAUUCCGUAUGGAAGAAAAGGUGGAACAGGUUGUGCUCGGGCCCGCUCUUCCGCGGUGCGACGGGGCCACCUCCACGUCUCUCCGCCGUUACCACAGUAGGACGACUCCGGCCUGCGUUCCGCCGUGGACCUCCACCCCGAACCCUUAGCCCCCCUCGUCACUGCCCGCGGGUCACUCCGCCCUGGACACCCGCCAGCACGCCGCCACCCCAUCUUCCCGCUUCUCUCCCCAAAUCCAGACUUUCCCUCGGGAUAUUCCCAGCUCCCUGAAUGGCUCCUUCUCUGUCUCCAGCUGCGACACUCCGUCACCUCUCACCUUACCUCCUCCAUGCCCGCUUUGCCAUACUUCGUCAUUCCUGUCUUCUGCCCGACACCCGCUUUCUCGCCGCGCGCCCCGUGUCACUCCGGCCCGGGCUUCCCUCAGUCCUUUCUCUGUGAAGUCACUAUCCGAUGCCUCCACAUGAAGCUUUAUGCAGCAGAGCUCGGUUCGGGGAAGAUCGCUCUUCAGAAGCUCCCCUCAAAGUUGGAACCGCUUUGUCUGGCGUGUGUGGUUAGAGAACCACCCUCUGCGGAGCCCGCCGCUUCUCCCAGUUGCUUGCCCCGCCCAUCCGCCCGAGCCCCGCCCCCUGCUCGGGCCCUGCCCAAGAGGCCUGGGCCCCGCCCGCCCCGCGUUUACCAGCCAGCUGGGCUCGUCCUUCCGCAGCUCUUAGCCCUUCCUGCUUCUGUCUUUAACAGCUUUUCCUGCUUUAAUUUUCCCCUUAAUUUUCUCUAGACCCCCUACUUCUCAAACACCUUCUCUAAUCUUGUAUUCUCAGACGAAGGUGGUAUUUUUUCCCUCAUAAUACCUCCUGGGAUCAGUCUCAUGGCAUUUACUGCUUUCUGCCUGGUAUGAUGUAGUUACUUGUGUACAUGUCUCAUUUCCCGCACCAGUCCCUGAGCUUGUUAAGAGCAAGAAUUAUGUCUUGUUCAUCUAUAUAUUCCUCAUGGUGCACACACAGUGCCUGGUACUUAGCAGGCGCUAAAUAAACAUGUAACAAAGCAAAGCAA